CUGUGUGUACUGUUGUGUGUACUGUUGUGUGUACUGCUGUGUCUGAGGCCUGUGCUUAAACUUUGUGACUUUAUUAAACUUGUUUUGUUGGAUUUUGAGAUGAAGCGGCGCCUCUUUUCUCGCCGCUGAGCUCCGGACUGUCCCGGGGAUGUGACGGCUCUGUGACCGUCUGAAGAGCGACUUACAGCGGACACACACAAAGGUCUGAGGAGCAGGUGUCAUGGCGUCCUAUGACCAGCUGCUGAGGCAGGUGGAGGUGCUGAAGAUGGAGAACUCCACCCUGAGACAGGAGCUACAUGACAACUCCACCCACCUGAGCAAGCUGGAGUCUGAGGCCUCCAACAUGAAGGAAGUGUUGAAGCAGCUGCAGGGGACGAUAGAAGAGGAGACGGGAGACGGAGGAGGCUCCCACGAACUAAUCGAGAGACUCAAAGAGAUGAGCCUGGACCCUGCAGGCUUUAAGCCCAGGAGCAGGCCUCCUGUGCCCCCUUCGUCGUCAUCCUCCUCAGCCUCGUCCUCUGGAGCUCCACCCGCCCGCAGAGGAGCGCCCCCCGCAGGCAGAGAUCCACACGACAGAGGAGCGACCCCCACAAGCAGAGAGGGACACGACAGAGGAGGGCCCCCCGCGGGCAGAGAGGGACACGACAGAGGAGCGCCCCCCGCAGGCAGAGAGGGACACGACAGAGUAGCGCCCCCCGCAGGCAGAGAGGGACACGACAGAGGAGCGCCCCCCGCAGGCAGAGAGGGACACGACAGAGGAGCGCCCCCCGCAGGCAGAGAGGGACACGACAGAGCUCUGGAGGAACUGGAGAAGGAGAGGGCGCUCCUAUUGGCUGAGCUGGAGAAGGAGGAGAAGGAGAAGGACUGGUACUAUGCUCAGCUCCAGAAUCUGACCAAACGCAUCGACAGCCUCCCGCUCACCGAGAACUUCACUCUGCAGACUGACAUGAGUCGCAGACAGUUGGAGUUUGAGGCUCGUCAGAUCCGCUCUGCCAUGGAGGAACAGCUGGGCUCCUGUCAGGAGAUGGAGAGGAGAGCACAGGCUCGAGUUUCUCGAAUCCAACAAAUCGAGAAGGACAUCCUCAAACUAGGCUCCAGGAACCAGGAGGACGCUCAGUCUGAGCCCAGCGCUCCGCCGUCAGCUAGCUCCAGCCGAUUGGACCUGGACUCCACCAAUGACAGCGCUUACUCUGUGCCUCGACGAAUCACCAGCCACCUGGGAACCAAGGUGGAGAUGGUGUACAGUCUGCUGUCCAUGUUGGGGACUCACGAUAAGGACGAUAUGUCUCGGACUCUUUUGGCGAUGUCCAGCUCUCAGGACUCGUGCAUCGCUAUGAGGCAGUCGGGCUGUUUACCUCUGCUCAUACAGCUGCUGCAUGGGAAUGACAAGGACUCACUUCUGCUCGGAAACUCUCGUGGCUCUAAAGAGGCUCGCGCUCGCGCCUCCGCCGCUCUCCACAACAUCGUCCACAGUCAGCCUGAAGAUAAACGAGGUCGACGAGAAAUCAGAGUCCUACACCUCCUCGAACAAGUCAGAGUCUACUGUGAAUCCUGCUGGGCCUGGCAAGAAGACCACACCCACCCCAUGCCGUCUCCGGUAGAACAUCAGAUCUGUCCUGCUGUGUGUGUUCUGAUGAAACUGUCUUUUGACGAGGAGCAUCGCCACGCCAUGAACCAACUCGGAGGUCUCCAGGCGAUCGCGGAGCUCCUUCAGGUGGACUGUGAGAUGUUUGGUCUGAGCUCAGAUCACUACAGCGUCACUUUGAGACGAUACGCAGGAAUGGCCCUGACCAACCUGACGUUUGGAGACGUGGCCAACAAGGCCACACUCUGUUCUAUGAAGGGCUGUAUGAGAGCCAUGGUGGCACAGCUCAAGUCUGAGAGUGAAGAUCUGCAGCAGGUCAUUGCCAGCGUCCUGAGGAACCUGUCGUGGAGAGCAGACGUCAACUCCAAGAAAACCCUGAGGGAGGUGGGCAGUGUGCGAGCGCUCAUGGGCUGUGCCCUACAGGUCCAGAAGGAGUCCACUCUGAAGUCCGUUCUUUCGGCGCUGUGGAACCUGUCGGCUCACUGCACAGAGAACAAGGCGGACAUCUGCUGUGUGGAGGGAGCACUGGCGUUUCUGGUGGGCACGCUGACCCACCGCAGCCACAGCAACACGCUCGCCAUCAUCGAGAGCGGCGGCGGCAUCCUGAGGAACGUGUCCAGCCUCAUCGCCACCAACCAGGCACACAGACAGAUCCUGCGUGAGCACGGUUGUCUGCCCACUCUGCUGCAGCACCUUAAGUCUCACAGUCUGACCAUCGUGUCCAACGCCUGCGGGACACUGUGGAACCUGUCGGCGCGCGACGCCACGGACCAGGAGACGCUGUGGGAGCUGGGCGCGGUGGGCAUGCUCCGUAAUCUCAUCCACUCUCGCCACAAGAUGAUCGCCAUGGGCAGCGCGGCGGCUCUGAGAAACCUCAUGGCCAACCGUCCGGCGCGCUACAAGGACACCAGCGUGGUGUCUCCAGGAGGGGGCGCUCCGUCUCUGCACGCGCGCAAACAGAAGGCUCUGUUCGAGGAGCUGGACGCCCAGCAGCUCUCGGAAACGUUCGACAACAUCGACAACCUGAGCCCCAAGACGGCCCACCGCAAAGCCCGGGGCGGUGCCAACGCCGGUGCCGGCGCACGCUCCUACGCCAACACGCCUGUCUUGUCCAGCCCCAAACGCGCCGAUGACAUCGCCGCCUACGGCCGCGCCUUCCCCCCAAAUGUACGAGCCUCCAGCGACAGCCUGAACAGUGUCACCAGCGCCGAUGGCUACGGCAACCGCGGCAAAACCAAACCCUCCUCCACCACGGAGAACUUUUACUCCUCGGAGGAGAACACUGUCACCAACAAGUGUUGCGUCUACAUGAAGUACCCCGCCGACUUGGCGCACAAGAUCCGGAGCGCCAACCAUAUGGCGGAUGACGAUGGGGCGGAGCUGGACACGCCCAUAAACUACAGUCUGAAGUACUCAGACGAGCAGCUGAACUCCGGGCGGCAGAGUCCGAGUCUCCACGGCAACGGGGAGCAGCAAGAGGAGGAGCGCACCAAAGCGCCGCGUGGCUACAGCGGUACGGCGCCGUACGACGCUCAGACAGAACAGCCCAUCGACUACAGCCUCAAGUACAGCGAGGCCCCAGUCCCACACAAAGACGAAUUCGGCCUCAAGUACGCUGUGGAAAACCCCGCCCUGAAAUACGGCGCCGAGACGCAGCGUAAAGAUGAAUACGGUUUAAAAUAUAAUGCUCCAAAAGAAUCAAAUGCCUCAGUGCCAAAGCUCCGCCCCCUGCAGCAGCCGGCAGCUAAUCGCGGCGCUCCAAAAAGUCACCAGGAGUCGACUCAGACAUACUGCGUGGAGGACACGCCCAUCUGCUUCUCGCGAGGCUCGUCCCUGUCCUCUCUCUCCUCCGAGGAUGAUGAGGCUCACGAGGUGCUCCCCCGUAAACGCCGCGGCGGCAGCGUCGUGGACGGCGGCGAACGCAACUCCAGUAACUACCCCACGUUGCCCGUGAGCGAGAAGCCGAGCGCCACAGAUGAGAAGCAGCACAAAGAGGCCGAGAGCCAAACCGCCACAGAGUCGGCAGCAUCCAACUCAAGAUCCAAACGGCAUCACCACCACGAGACGCGACAUCAUCACCACGAGACACGACAUCACCACGCGGCGUCUGGGGCCAGGACGCCCAAGAGCCCCCCUGAGCCCGCCCCCCUGUACGCCCAGGAGACGCCUCUCAUGUUCAGCCGCUGCACGUCUGUCAGCUCUCUGGACUCCUUCUCAACCUCCUCUAUCGCCUCCUCCGUGCGCUCCUCGGAGCCCUGCAGCGGCGUGCCCAGCGGCGUGAUCAGCCCCAGCGACCUGCCCGACAGCCCGGGGCAGACCAUGCCCCCGAGCCGCGCCAAGACGCCCCCGCCUCCGAAGGCGGAGAAAGUCGAGGAGUUAACGCAGAAACUACAGCGUCAGGACGAACAGGAGCCCAGCUCAGACCUGCUUCUGCACUUCGCCACCGAGAGCACGCCACACGGCUUCUCCAAAGCCUCCAGUCUGAGCGCGCUCAGUGUGGACGAGCCCUACAUCGGUGACCUUAAGCUGGGCGGAGGGGCGGAGCCAGAGAAACAGGAGCCGCUGCUCGCCGGGGAGUCGGACGAUGACAUCGAGAUCUUAGAGGCCUGCAUCAACAUGGCCAUGCCCAAGUCCUCCCGCAAGCCCAAGAAACAGCCCCCACAAGCCCCGCCUCCCGUCUCAGCACAGCCAAUCAGGAAGCCUAGCCAGCUGCCCGUCUACAAGCUCCUCCCCCCUCAGAGCCGCCUCCAAGCACAGCCCAGAAAAGACAAACCAGAAGAGGAGGCUCCGAGCGAUGACGUGCCCAGAGUUUACUGUGUCGAGGGAACGCCGCUCAACUUCUCCACCGCCACAUCGCUCAGUGACCUCACCAUCGAGUCCCCGCCCCCCGAGGAGGCCGCACCUCCUCACAGACGCAGGGCGGGGCUUCCAGAGGGCGAGAACGGAGAUGACAUUUUGGCCGAAUGCAUCAGCGCCGCGAUGCCCAAGUCCAAGCUCCGCAAACCUGCUCCAGCUCGGCCAAUGGGAGAACAGAGCCUCCAGGCCCCGCCCUCCCUGCCCUCUCUGCCCCCUCAGGCCACGCCCCCUCUGGCCGCGCAGCAGCAAAAGAAGAAGCCCACGUCCCCGGUGAAGCCGCAACUGCGCCCUCCGGUGGCGGCGCUGAAACAGACAAACAAACCGGGUUUUUCCUUCGACUCUCCGCGACACUAUACGCCCAUCGAGGGCACCCCUUGCUGCUUCUCUCGCAACGACUCGCUCAGCUCGCUCGACUUCGACGAAGACGAGGAGAAGCCCAAAGACGUGCCCAAACCUCCGCCCAAACCUCAGGCUCCGCCCGCCUCCUUCGCCCCGACCCCCGCGCCCAAGCCCAACACGGCUGACGAAAAACUGCAGUUCUCUAUUGAGGACACGCCCGUAUGCUUCAGCCGAAACUCUUCCCUCUCCUCGCUCAGUGACAUCGACCACGAAAACAACAACAAAGCUCCGCCCACCGCAGCCCCUGAGGCCCCUCCCCCCGACAAGCCCCGCCCCCCACCACACUGCUACGUCCCCAAAGCGUUCCACGUGGAGGACACGCCCGUCUGCUUCUCCCGAAACUCCUCUCUCUCCUCACUUUCCAUCGACUCCGAGGACGAUUUGCUGCAGGAGUGCAUCAGCUCCGCCAUGCCCAAGAAGAAGAAGAAGGCCCCGCCCCCGAACACUUCAAAUGCCCCGCCUACUACCCUCAACGUUCCGCCCACCGCCUCUAAUACUCCACCCACAACAACAAAUGCCUCAAACGGCCCGCCCUUGAGUCAUAAUGCCCCUCUGCCUCCUGAAGACACGCCCAUCGCCUGCACAGACCCCGCCCCCUCCUCUGAUCCUGCCCCCUCUGGCCCCUCCUCCUCGGCGCCGCAGGACGAAGGCAUCCUGUCCGAGCUGGAGCCCUGCGGCGCCCCCCGCAGUCCGGUGUCUCCAGACUCGGAGUCGUUUGACUGGAAGGCGAUUCAGGAGGGAGCCAACUCCAUCGUAAGCUCGCUCAACGCCGCCGCCGCCGCUUCGCUCUCCCGCCAGCCCUCGUCCGACUCGGACUCUGUGCUGUCACUGAAGUCUGUGGGCUCCCCCUUCAGGCUUCCCCCCAAACCUAAAGCCCCGGAAGCUCCAGAUGCUGCAGAUGCCCCGCAGCCCGAGGUAGAGGAGGAGAAGAGAGGAGCGCGCAUCCUAAAGCCCGGCGAGCGCAGCACUCUGGAACAGCGCCACCAUCAGGACGAGGACAGAGGCGUGAAAGGAGGAAAGAAAGUGUACCGCAGUUUAAUCACGGGGAAGCCGCGCUCCGAGCACAGCGCCCGCGGACGCACCAAACCCAGAGCCGCCAUUGGCCCCAAACCGGGAAGUAACGCCGACGACAGAACGGGCAGCUCGUCCCGAGACUCCACCCCCUCCAGGUCCCAGAGGCCCAAACCCACCCCUCCCUUCACCGGCCCCGCCCCCAAACCCGCCGUCAAACCCAAAACCGCGGGUUUACCGCGCAGCGAGUCGGCCCCGCGCGUCACCCCCAAAAAACAGAAGUCUGAUGCGGAGAAACCGCCGGCGCUGGUGCGACAGUCGACCUUCAUCAAAGAGGCGCCCAGCCCCACACUGAAACGCAAACUGGAGGAGUCUCAGGUCUGUGCCGCACCCGACUCUCUCUCCAGCCCCGAAACGCAACAGCCGCCGCCAAACCGCAAAACGGACGUGAGCCGCUCGCAUUCCGAGAGCCCCUCGCGGCCGCAGGAAGUGACGUCACGCUUCAGCCGCACGGGCACCUGGAAACGGGAGAACAGCAGCGCCAAUAAUGGCACCGCCAACGGCAAACAGCACUCCACGUCUCUGCCCCGCGUCGGCACCUGGAAACGCACCGGAAGCUCCUCCUCCGUCCUCUCCGCCUCCUCCGAGUCCAGCGAGAGAGGGGCGAGCGACAGGGGCCGCAGCGAGGAGGAAGUGACAUCACAGCGCAAAGGCACGUGGCGCAAAAAGAAAAGCGAUUCAGUCGAGCGCAGCUUCAGCGACAGAUCUGAUAAGUCAGAGGACGUGUGGGUGCGUCUAGAGGACUGUCCUGUCAAUAACCCGCGCUCCGCCUCCUCCUGCUCCGCCCGUUCGCCAUCCAACGCCCCACCCGUCAUUGAUAGCCCCGCCCCGGCCUCCAGGAUCCCCUCAGGCUCCUCCUCCUGCUCCAACCUCAACCUGCGCCGCAGCUGUGAGAGUUUAGAUGAAAAACCGCCACGAGUGACACCGCGCGGCGCCGUCGCAGCGAGAGUGAGUCCAUUUAACUACACACCCAGCCCCCGCAAGAAAGACUCCGACUCCCCCAGUACUACAAAUACUACAAAUACUACAAAUACAACUAAUACUACUACCACAAGUACUACUGCGGCCGGCACGGCGCGGCCCUCCCUCAUCCCGACGCCCGUCACAAAGAAACGAGAGCCCAAAGGAGAGGGCGGGGCCGGGGGCAGCGGUGAGAGAGGCUCCUACAUCGUGACAUCAGUGUGAGGGCGGAGCUUAAUUUAGCGCCCAAAACAAACCAUGAACCGCACUUAACCGUUUGAGCACGCCGCAGUCUCCGUUAUGACAUCACAGGGGUCAGCUCAGCCCUGAAACAUGAACUGGCACAAAACUACUGUGAAUAAAUUAUAAACAUUUAAAUCUGCCUUUUACAAAAACAAGAGACAGACACUAAAGUAUUAUCACGUGAGCGACACUAGGGGGCGCUGACGGGUUUGUAAAAGUGUUGAGCUGUAAAUAUAAAGUUGCUUAUAUAAAAAAGUCCUGCACAUUUUGCCUUUAAGACACAAAAUGGCUCCUGCAAAGAUCAACUUUUCCAAAAGGACCUUUGUAUUAUUAACAUUAAUAUUAAUAUUAUGAACAUUGGCCUCCCUGGUGUCCAGCGGCGCUCAAAAUGGCCGCCCAAAGCCAGAGAGACGUCCAUCAAAUGUUGGAAAUGUUUAAACUUUAAAGGAGCAGGUGUCUGUCCCUCCGCUGUUUAAAGGAGCAGCCUGAAGUUUUCACUCCACACAAAAUGGCCACCACACGCUGCUCCCAGACUCUUGAAAUGUCCGCCGCCGCUCUGUUUAAAGACUGUAAAUAACACUACGGACGGCGCCCCCUGCAGUCUGCUCCCUCAAACGCAGUGUGUACAAAGGAAUGUGAAGCCCCGCCCUCUGUCCUGAUUGGCCCUCGUCACACUUAGAGACUUUUUAUGUUUUUAUACCACUAAAGUGAAAUAGCGCUUAGAGCUCCACCCGUCAUGCAUGGCCCCGCCCCCUGACCUUAACGAUGAUGGUUACCACGGUGAUCAAGAUGGUGUUUCUGCAUUAACCUCGAAUUUGAAUCCGGAAAGAUGCCAAAAUAAGUAUAUUUCAUCAAACUUUUUAUUGUGAAGGCUCAAAAUGGAUGCCAAGAAAUAUUCAGACUAAAGAGAACUGAACCGGGACUAAAGGGACUAAAGGGGUCUAAACCAGAACUGAACCGGGACUAAAGGGGUCUAAACCAGAACUGAACCGGGACUAAAGGGGUCUAAACCAGAACUGAACCGGGACUAAAGGGGUCUAAACCAGAACUGAAUCGGGACUAAAGGGGUCUAAACCAGAACUGAACCGGGACUAAAGGGGUCUAAACCAGAACUGAACCGGGACUAAAGGGGUCUAAACCAGAACUGAACCGGGACUAAAGGGGUCUAAACCAGAACUGAACCGGGACUAAAGGGGUCUAAACCAGAACUGAACCGGGACUAAAGGGGUCUAAAAUCAAACAAUGUUAAGUUUUUACUGCUGAAGUUCAACUGCACAUGCUGAGAUGGUCUGAUUCUGUGGUCUGGUCCUGGUCCUGGUUGUGGUCCUGGUCCAGGUCCAGUCCAGGUCCAGUCCAGGUCCAGUCCAGGUCCAGUCGUGGUCCCUGGCGUCCAUUUUGUGCCUGCUCUGAGGCUGUUUCCAGAUGCAGAUUGACUUGUGUUGCCUUUGAAUAAACACUGAACUGUAACUUAUUGCUGUAAAAUGAAGCACAUAAUUUAAAAGUAUUUUUGGUUUGUUUUUUGCCAAAACUUUUCACAUUUUAUGUUUUUAUUUCUGUAACUUUUCACUUUUUUCUGUCAAAGUUUUGGGUGAAAAUGAUAAAAAAUAAAGUAACACUAAAGUCU